UAGAGAGGGCGAAAAAGAGAGGGAAGAAGUCGAGCUCUGCUAUUACAGAGCACCUCCGUAGCCGCGACGCACAGCCCAAUAUGGAGCAAUCUCAGAUUUCCAUCCGCCCAAAUCGAGAAUAUACACGCCCGCACCUCCGCUUGCUCCUCUUGCGGAGGGCUGGUCGUUGUCGUCUUCUUCGCCGUCGUCGUUUCCCCCCCGUUUCCCUCGACGGAGGUGCAGCACGUCGCUCCUCACGGUGGAGUUGUCGCUCUUGUCCACUUCACUCUCGUAACAGUGCCAAAAGUGCCUCAAAACGCUUCACUUCGUGAUUAUUGGUUCCAUUUUCUUCAUCUUUCUCUUCAUUUACUCGUUACCUUCUCAUUUUCCUCUCGUAAAGUUCCUCUUUUCAUCCUGGGGGAAUUUCAUCCACGUGCUCAAGCGAACUCCUCCUCCUCCUCCUCCUCUUCUUUUCCUACCUUUGAUUCCAAUUGAAGUAUCCCUCGAUACGUCUGCCAAGAGGCCACGCGAGAAGAAUCGAUCGCGUGGGCGAUCGCGAGUCGAUUGAGCGAAAGUAAUUAAUCGGAGUCUUGUGAUUGUGCACGACGAUGAUUGUCGUAUUAUCCGGUUCGGUGAAUCGAUCGUGCGCGAAAAUCAUCGCAUCCAAGUAGAAGAAGACGCGCGACGAAGAAGAAGUACUUUUCUCAGGAAGAAGACUCGCCGAGAACGAUACGUUCAUGUUGCCGGAAAGCAACUUUCCCGUCACAGGGGGCACUAUGCAGACUGAGGAAGUCGUGCCGCGUGCACAGUCUAUUGGCAUAGAUAGCAGUCUGACCGACGGCGCUGGUCUGCAGCAUCAUUUGCAUCACUCGUCGCAUUUACACUGUCCGUUACCGCCCGUGAUCCACAUGGCCGUUAAGCAGGAGCCUCAGGAGGAGGAAGAGCGAAGUCGUGAUGCGAACACAUUGAGUCCGCAAGUGGAUGCGAUCAACGCUACGGGUUCGGUGGACAACAAGCAAGUCGGCCAUUAUCAAAUUCAAGGACUGGAGGACAAUCCAACGUUAGUGCCAGAUGCUAACAAUCGAGGGCGAUCCAGUCGUGGUCGCAGAAAAUCGCGAUGGAAGCUCAAGUUUCAUCAUCAGGCGCUGCCGCCGGAAUACCUGGACCAUUACGAGGCUUCGUUGGCCCAGGAAAAUCUGAACUCGUCGCCGCCGCGAACCGUCAUCGAACCAGCAGCACCUAGCCCGGCACCGACGAGCUCGACUUCCACCCCAAGUCCCAUCGCUGAUACCCACGGUUGGCUACAGCGGAUUGCGGCGAUGCAGCAGGAGCUCUGUCCGCACGUUGGAUCGAUUCCCCAAUGUCCGAUUGCUCCUGGUCGUGACAAUCAAGUUACAAGCACCAGGAGAUCCGUUAUCACGUCCGCGUCCUCGCAGGCCUACUCCAACGCGCCAUAUCCCAACCAUCAUACUCAGCAGACGCAUCCGCAGACGUCCAGCAGGCCGCCGAUGAAGUAUUCCGAUCUUCCCUACAUGGGCGAGAUCACCCUCGACAAUAGCAAGCCUAGACGCGGUCGGAAGCCGAAGAAGGCUGACAUCUGUCAUUUGAUUUACAAGAAUUAUGGCACUAUACUGCCGGGUACACCCGGUCACGAGGAGAGAAGACUGUCGCCCCGAGACAAACAGGAUUCUCUAGAUCGCGUAUCGCCUCACGUACCAUUUCAGAGAACGGACGUGCAAAACAGAAUCAGCAGUCUGUUGGAGAAGCGGCUGACUCAGGAGACCCGACGAAGCUUCGUCGCGUUGUCUGAGAACGCGCGGGAACAGGAUGAGCCAUUGAACCUCUGCAUCAGAGAUCUCAAUCAGUUGAAGAUUCGACUAUUGCGGAAACACGGAAACGUCUACGAGUCCGGUCAGAUGAAGAGCGAGACGUCGAGCGACGGUGAAGAGGUGGAGUGCCUUGGAAGUGCUUUUUUAUCGGAACCGAUCAACUACUCGGAGUCGAUGGUUCAUCGUUCGAACAACAGUCUCGUCAAUCAUAAUAACAACGUGAUCGAUCCGAUGAUCGGCCACAACUCUGGCUUUGUGUAUUGGCCGAACACUGGUGUGUUCAUCCACCCGAUGGCCCUGCAGUCGCAAUUGCUAUAUUACCAGAAGGUUGCCCAAGGUGACAAGUGUUCAUCGCGGCCGACGGAUCAAGCGCCGAGGGAGCAGAAAAUUGUGCCCAAAUCGAUAUAUUCGAUGAUGGAGACGAAGAGCGUGCCUCAAGCAUCGGCAUUGCCCGCGUCCCAGGUGACGCCAACGCCAACGUCAAUCACGGCACCGCCGUCACCCAGACCGAAGAGGAACGCUCCUCUAAUUCAGCCGCAAAGUCAGCCGACUAAGCGGAAGCGUUCCGCCAUAUUUAUACCACCGAUACCGGCGGAAAACAAUAACAAUCCGGCGACGGAAGUGAGUAUAUGCAAAUUUAAGUUCACCGGCGGUGCCAAGCCUAGUCUGCAGGAGAAGAAGAGUCUCUCCGUGGACUCGGGUGGUAAUUUCCGCUAUUACAGUGGCACCGGUGAUAAGAGCAUGCGCGGUUACGAGUUCUUUCCCAGAGAGGCCCUUCAGCAGCCGGCGGGCCAAUCCGGAACGACCUCCGCCGCUGGUGCCUUCCUCAACGCCGCUGGCGAGAGAAUCCAAUCCCCCAUAACGUGCCAGAGAAACCCAGCCGGCCAGGAUGAUGGGCGACGAAAGAGAAAGACCAGAAAGUCCCUGCAGCGCGAGAAGCUGGAGCAGACCUUCAAAGAGAAGGGUUUUCUCAUUCAGACGCAGCAGCUUGAAUCCGCGGAGGGUGCCACGUACUGUAAAUUUCGGCAGCUCAGAAAGUUCACCAGGUAUCUGUUCAGAAGCUGGAAAGACUAUUUGCCCGGUAACGUGCGAGAAUUGAGCGGGGGCAACGGUGGGGGCGGCGGCGCCGCGAUAAACGGCGAUGUGACUGAUCUUGACGUUGUUGACGGGGACGCCGUUCUUGUUCAUACCCCCCCACCGCUUCCUCGCGAUAAUCUCCUGGAAGUGCCGAAUAACUUCGUGGAGGAACAUCAGACUUUGCCCCUCACGUGAGACUUGACAUUCGCGGCGCGUUGUCAACUGAUGAACGAAAAUUGUGACACGGUACGACGCACGUUAUUCCUUUAUUGUUGCAUCUCUUUUCCUCCUGUUUCUUCAUUUUGUGAAACCUUUUUUUUCAAACGAUAUAUAAUUGUAAAAUUAGAGAUUCUACCUAACUGUCCUUCAAUCUAUAUUUUUGAAACAAAAAUUAUCAAUUAUUAUCGAAAUAUCUUUUUCACAUUUGUGAAUUUAUAGAUAACUUUGCAUAUAUUACAUCUUUUUUAAAAAUACUGGAAGAUGGAAAUUGUAUGUUAAAAAUUAUGAAGAAAACUAUGAACAUUUUUAUAAUUAACACUUUUUAAAAUUUGAAUUUAAAAAUUGAAGAAUUUGAAAGUUAACUAUUCAAUCGUAUGUUAUUAAUAUAUAGAGUGUUCCAAAGCAAGUCAAUGAAGCUUCAGUGUCUUAUAGGAAAUUGAAUUUGGAAACAAAUAAAAUUUGAGUUCACCGGCGGUGC